AUGUUGACGGACACUGCGAAAGUCCAUAUUUACGCACCCGAUCCAGAGGACUGUUUGCUCCUACACUAUGAAUUCACCGGUAUUGUGAAGUUGGAUCAGGUCGUUUGCCAGCUAAAAGGUGAUGAAGGCAUUACUUAUCUUGAAGAUGAUUUUCAAUUAGAAAUGAAUGAAGAGGUCUAUCAUCAGUGCGUGAUGCAGCUUAGAAGAGUUACAACAACGAAGCCUUCACCUGCGCAAACAGAACCAGCGUCUGGUGCCCACACAUCUAGAGGGCGUCCUCUUCGUCUGCCACAUAGAUUACGAGAAUAA